CUGGUGGGGAGUAAAAAUGGAAUAUAGACGUGUCUCCUUACGCUGACCGUGGCAGACAUAGAAAGAACUUACAAUCCAGAUUGCAUUGAGCUGAACUUAAAAGUAUCACGUAAUAACUCUUGAAACGUAUUGUAUACUGAAAUGAGACUUCAUAAGAGUGACAUAGUCACAGCUCCAAGAUUGCAGGUUUAACAAAUAGGUGAGCAGUCGGUAUAUUUAAACGAAACAUUUAUUUUACAAACAUUUUAUGUCUGAAAUACAUAUGAAGUUCAUUGGUUAACUUCUCUCUCUCUCUCUCUCUCUCUCUCUCUCUCUCUCUCUCUCUCUCUCUCUCUCUCUCUCUCUCUCUCUUUAUAUACAAAACAUAUAUUUUACACACAUUUUAUGUCUGAGAUACAUAUGUAGUUCAUUUGUUAUCUUCUCUCUCUCUCUCUCUCUCUCUCUCUCUCUCUCUCUCUCUCUCUCUCUCUCUCUCUCUCUCUCUCUCUCCCUCUUUCUUUAAAUGGAAGAUCGUAUAUUAUAUCCAUCGCAUCUUAGCAAUUAUUUUUUACAUCAUCUCUGUUGUGAUUUUUUCAUUGUAAAGCAGUACCUUAGACUCUGAUGACCAGGGUCAUUUUGACAACAACUUGCACCACCAGGUUGGCGUCACCGUAAAUUACGCUUUAUUUUUCCUGGCGUUUUAGUUUACACCAGAGUUCGCUCUAGCUUGGCCGCGGCAUUUUCUAGUCCAAAUGUCCCGCUGUAUCCCCUGUUGCCCUGCCAAAUAGCCGAGUGGUCCAUCUGGUCUUCCAGAGGGUUGGCCUCAAUCACUUCAAUAUUUAUCCGAGUCAGCCGUAUGGCAGGUAGAUUGGGGCUUUCGUGUGGGCCCAUUGCUGAGAUCAACCGAAUUGUGUCCCUAACUUUGAUUAUGGGUAGGCUUUGCUUGAGAGCGUUGGCCUCGUCGAUGAAAGGGUGGGGGGAGUCCCUUUAGCCUGGCGUCUUUUACCCAGGGGUCAUGUAGUUGGAAACAGGGUUCCGUCUUGUCUAACCGACGGUAUCGUUCUUCAGUUUUUAAUCAUAGCUUUAUUUCUGCAGACCUUAAACGGUUCUACGCCUGAUCUUUUCCCAGACUUAUGUACGAAUAAACUUUCAUCAUUGUAACGAAGCUUUGAAGCUUACGACAAGCCUUAAAAAAACAACGUUUUUUCGGAUUUUUUCGUUGCUUUAGUUGAUUUAUUAUUUUUAAUUUAUUUUUUUUUCUCAGUAAAAAUUUGUUGAAAUGCACCGUUAUCCAUGGAAUAAGAAUAAAAUGAAUCGUCUUUAUGAAUCGCUGGGAUGAUGUUGUCUACCAUCUUUCCCAUCUAGCUAUUAUCAUCUACAUGUAUAUUGGUUUGUGUUGUUUAUGGUGGCGAGGUACGAAAGACUAAUAAUGGGUAUGCUCGUAUGUCGUUUCGCAAUGUUGCGUUUUGUAUUUCAACGUUGUAACAAAUAGAUUGUUUCAUUUCUCUUUUAGUAUGGAUGAUUUUGUACAGCGCUUCGAUCAUUUGGGGAUAACGCAUGAUUUUCAAAUAAACUUUUUUUGUUAUUCUUAUUAUGUGUUGAGUUUAUUUCCUGACACAACUUUUAUUUUACUGCAUAACAGCAGUCUGUGAGGUCAAGCUUUUCAAACGUAACUCCACAUUUAGCCUUUAUUGCUUUCUGGACCAUUGUUUGGACAGCUGGGUUUAGUUUAUUGUUUGCUGCACAAGUAACCAGGGUCCUCAUUAUGAUCUGUUUCCCAAGCUUUUGAUCGCUAGCCCUUUGAGACUCUUAUUUCAGUAAGGCAUAAAUUUUCGGUUUUUUUUUGGUUCUGGAAUUUUUUUUCGAGCAAACCACAGGAUUUCGCCAGGAAACCUCGCGUAUGUGGCUCUUAUGUCGCCAGCUCCAACAUUAACUAGGGUCAACUUGGUCUCAUCCUAUGCUUCAAACCUCUACUAGUAUACUAGUUGGUCCCUUUUUAAAUCGCUAAUUGCUUUUCUCGAACAGUGCCUUGGUCAUGCCUAGAUCUGUGCCUAAAAGUUGAGGGCGAUUAACUCUUUCGGUAUGACUUAGGAAGGUCAGUCUGUGCCUGGGCACGAAGUCCGCUUCUAUAAGCGUGAAAUCUGGGGAAGGGGGGGGGGACUCUGUGCUAUAUCCCGUGUGGAACCGCAUAGACAUGCUAUUUUCGUCCUCUAGCUUAAAUAGAUUUAUCGUGAGGUUGGUCGCUUCUAUGUAGCGGCAAGAUGCAGUCCGUACAACAUUGAGCGUUAUUUCUAUAAGCGUGAAAUCUGGGGAAGGGGGGGGGACUCUGUGCUAUAUCCCGUGUGGAACCGCAUAGACAUGCUAUUUUCGUCCUCUAGCUUAAAUCGAUUUAUCGUGAGGUUGGUCGCUUCUAUGUAGCGGCAAGAUGCAGUCCUUACAACAUUGAGCGUUAAUGUCGCCUCUUCCAAAUAAUAAAUUUUCGCCUACCGAUAAGGUUAUAGGUGUUCUAAUUGUGUUACACAAGUUUGUCAACGUAAAAGCUACGUUCUUUUGGAAGGCUCUCACGACGAGACUAUCGGGGUUAGUUUAGUUUUUUUUUACCUCUAAUGACCUCCACCGGGAGGAUUAGUUUUGUUCCAUCUUGUGACCUUUGCCAUACAACAGACCCAUUUAACUUUGGGACAACACGGGUUUUAGCGUGCUGACGCCUAGCAUCGUUACAUUCACUUACAGCCACGUGUAUGGCCUUGCGUCAGCCUGUCGUGCUUUAACGACGCAAGAAAAGGCUCGACAUCUCCUGCCAAAAAAUGUCAGGAAAUAGAUGUCACUGAACCGAGUUACCAGUAGCCAACCUUGAUGUCACCCUGUUCCCGAACAUUGACUGAUAUCGGUUUGGUAGUUCGAUCUCGCGAGCUUAGUUAAUUAAUUCCAUUGUCCUAACCAUAGAGACAGACAGGGUGGACAGAAAUCUAUCUCUCCUGGGGGGCCUGGGAUUUGCGUCGCUAUCCAGGAAUUCUUUCGGUCUUUUUGCAUACCGUUCUAGGCUGUUUAGUUGUUUCUUUUGGGGUUGUAGGGUGGUCAAGUCGAAUGAAUGGGAGGUGUUCAAGUAGACAAGGCGGUACAGGAGGUAGUCAAGUUGACAAGGCCGUAAAGGAUGUGUUCAAGUCGACAAGACCGUACAAGAGGUGGUCAAAUCGAAUGAACGGGAGGUGUUCAAGUAGACAAGGCCGUGCAGGAUGUGGUCAAGUCGACAAGGCCGUACAGGAUGUGGUCAAGUCGACAAGGGCGUACAGGAGGUGGUCAAAUCGAAUGAACGGGAGGUGUUCAAGUAGACAAGGCCAUACAGGAUGUGGUCAAGUCGACAAGGCCGUACAGGAUGUGGUCAAGUCGACAAGGCCAUACGGCAUGUGGUCAAAUUGACAAGGCCAUACGGGAUGUGGUCAAGUCAACAAGGCCAUACGAGAUGUGGUCAAGUUGACAAGGCCAUACGGGAUGUGGUCAAGUCGACAAGGCCAUACGGGAUGUGGUCAAGUUGAAAAGGCCAUACGGGAUGUGGUCAAGUCGACAAGGCCAUACGGGAUGUGGUCAAGUCUACAAGGCCGAACUAAUCUGGUGUGCCAUUGAUAAACAAAAAGCCUUUUCAGACGGGAAUUCUAGAUAAAGAGAAAAUAUUGCGUUUGGCUGUACGUGUCUAUUACGUGUUUGAAAAUGUGAGUUUGAUGAAUUAGGAAUUUCAAAUACGACAGACGCUCAACUGUUGAAACGAAACAAGAAAUACAAUAAACAAAAUAAAACCGUGCUAAUGUUGAAAAACAACCAAAUACUAAAAAAUAAAAUGUUCAUCAUCUUUUUAAACCCAUUACACAUUCCUUAAACAAUGAUACACGUCAUUUACACUGUCGAGAUCUUAGACUGUUUACCAUCUUGUUUUUUGUAAAACUUUGUUAACAUAGUUAUUGUUGGUGGUUUUUGGUUGUUUUGUGGUUUUUUAAUUGUAAUGCUGAUGUAACAUUAUUUUUUUUUAUUCCCGUAGAGUCGCAAUGGGAAUGAAAAACAUGAAAUCCCUUUUAUAUCUUACAUUAAUUUUUACCAGUCUUCAAGAAGUGAGAAGCGGUAAGUCCAAGUGUAUUUAUAAAUGUAAUUUAUAGGUUUAAAAAUGGAGGUCGAUCAUUGUUUUAAUUAAACAGUGUUGUUAAUUUUAAAAAAUUAAAUAAAUUAGACAGAAUUUUUUUUUUUUUAAAACAAGUUUUUGUUUUUCUUUAACCUCAUUAUCAGUGUCACGAAAAAUAUAAAUGAACCAAAAACAUAGCUGCGUACGUUUGAAAUAUAAUUUUUGUUUGAUAUAAUUACAAAACUGUGUUACAUUAAGUGUUCUGCAUUAUGGAACAUAUCCAUCACAUCUUUGCAAUGGGUGUUUCAAAACAAAAUAAAUUAUAUUUUCAUAUGAAUAAUACAUCAGUAUAAAAAAUAUACAUAUACAUUAAGAUUAAGAGAGAAAGAUUGCAUGUCCUUUUGUACAUUUCAAACGAUAUAACAAUCUCAAGUAAUACCAAUUAACUUUUUUUUUUGAAUUCUAAUAACCUACAAUAAUUUCAUUUGGAUAUCACGGCAGCGUGCAAGUGGAGCGAGUCCAUUUCGUAUGACAACGAAUGUUUCCUGUUUAAUAGCACUCAACUGUCCUAUAGUGAUGCCAAGGUAAAUAUGUUGAACUGUCUCGUCGAUCGUAUGAACACGUACCUCUGCGUGUUCUGGUCAAGCAAAUGGAAUAUAUUUCCAUGGGUUGCAUGAUGUAAACUAUUCUGGCAGCGGCUGCGACCCCACUUCUAAAAACACUGCACGGAGGGUAUAGCUUGAAGACUUGCCUUUUUUGUUUUAGUAAACAAUCUCAAUUUUAACAAAAGUUUCGAUGAAUAGACGCUUGACAAAUGUACAGCUAGUACAUUGAAGAUAUUUUACUAAAGAUGGGUGUUAAUGCAUAGCUAUUACAUAGGAACCUUUUUAAUAAAGAAUUUUUUUAAUGCAUAGCUAUUAGAUUCAAGACUUCUUAAUGAAGAGAGUUCUUAAUGCGUACUAAAAGAUUAUAGACUUUUUACUAAAGAUAGCUGUUAAUGCAUAACUGUAAGAUUGUAGACUUUUAAACUAAAGAUAGUUGUUAAUGCAUAGCUAUUAGACUGUAAACUUCUUAAUCAAAAGAGUUGUCUUGUUUUCCAAUUUUUUUUCUUUAAUUUUUCAUUUCCUUUCGUUUACAUCUUUUUGAUUAAUGUAAAACACAAAGGAAGGAGCAAUCACAAAAACACACAAAGUCUGAAGCCUGCUGGUUACUAGCAAAAUUAAUUGAUAUGUCAGUUGCAUAAAAUACAUUAAAAUACAAUAUAUAAUAUGUCCACAUCAGAGCGCAUGUCAAUCAAAAGGCGGAGUUCUGGCAAAGGUGGUUGACAAGAUGCAGAUUCAGGAGGCAUCCAAAAACAGAGGAGCCAGUAAGUCAUAGAGUGUAAGGAGUAAAUCAUAGAGUGUAAGGAGUAAGUCAUAGAGUGUAAAGAGUUGAAGUCUCCUUCAUUGUGCUUCUACCAUGGGUGCGUCAAUGUUGUGAAGUUCUUGAUAUGCCGCAAGUUGUGGGGUCUGCUGUAGAUGCAUGUUGUUACUUUGAGUUAUCAUUAAAAGAGUCAAGGCGCCACCUGUGUUGCAAUCCUUUGGCUUUGAAAAACGAGUCACUGAUAUUGUAUUGUUUUCUCAUCCCCUGGCCUUGGUAGACGAGUCACUGUUAUUGUACUGUGUUGUCAUUCUCUCACCCUGGAACAGGAGUCAACGCUAUCGUUUGUGUUGUCAUCUUCUGGCCCUGAAACACGAGUAACUGUUAUUUUACUGUUUUGUCAUCUUCUGGCCUUGAAAUACGAUUCACUGCUAUUGUACUCUGUUGUCAUCCUCUGGUCCUGAAAUACGAGUCACUUCUGUUCCUAUUGCCUUAUUAUUGUAAGCAUGCUAUUUCGGUUGAUAGACAGCAGUAUUAGCUGCAGAUCUAAUUAAUUUCCUCAUUAAUACGGCACCAUAUGGUUCAAAUUUUAUAACUGAUUGCCUCCAAAAUCUCAUCUGGCAGGGGAAGAGUCUUAUCUCAAGACAUGUAUUCAGAACCAAGGUCUUGCACUGGUUAGCUUUGAGAUAAACACUUUGUUAAUUAGCAUAGAAUUUUAUCUUCAAUUUAGCUUUUGUUGUCCUUUUAAGGUAAGGUGGGGUAUUUUGUAGCUGAGUUCAUGUUCCAUAUGCAUUAUUUUCUCUAUCAUGAUCUCUUCUUCUUCUCUUCUAUAUCGUGAUUGCCGAGGAACAAGAUGCUGAUCAAUCUGGCGCCUAUGUAUGUAGAGUGGUUUCGCAAAGUUUCUGUUUCCGUUCUUAGCACACAAAAAAAGGCUUUCCGUGAAUUGUAUCUUCCAUCGUUGAAUGACCAGCCUACCAUUAAUGUGUAUGUCCGGUUUUCUUGGGCAUGACAUUCUUACUUAACAUCAAUAAUAUCUGUGCUGAUUUACUUUUCUUCCAAAAAUUAAUUUAAUAUUAAUUCAAUCCGCACUUUUCCUUUCAUCCAAGGUAUGCCAACAAAAGCAUUAAAAUUUGAUAUGUUGGUUCGUGAUAUCAUAAUCGGCAUCCUUCCGUCUCGUGAGACGAUGGUGCAUGACCGUUGGGUUGGGUUGCAUUUCCUGGAGUGGCUGUGCAGUCCUAUCCUUGAGUGACAGUCUUUACCACAGUUUUUACACAUGAGUUCCGUGCUUCCAAAUGUUUUGGCCUUUCUCCUAGCUCUUCUGUCUGCAGCCUCUUCCAUUCUUCGCUCCUCGGCUACCAUGACGCCCUCUUUGACAACUGUGCGUCAUGUAGAUCGGUCUUUUGCCUUACACUCCCAGUCACUUGUAUGUAUUUUGGCUGCUUUCAUGUCCCUUUGACAGACAUCUUUAAAUCGCAGACGUGGGCGACCUGUUUUCCUCUUUCCAGAAGCAAGUUCACCAUAUAGGAGGUCUUUCGGAAUGCGGCCGGGACUCAUUCUUUUAACAUGACCUAGCCAUCUCAGGCGUCUUUCACUAAGGAUUGUGAACAUGCUUUGGGUAUUCGCACGCAUUAGGACCUCACUAUUAGUCACUUUUUCUUGCCAUUUAAUACCAAGGAUGCGACGCAGGCAUCUCAUAUGGAAGCUAUUAAGCUUGCGCUCUUGGGAUGUAUAGGUGGUCCAUGUCUCGCUCCCGUAUAGUAGUGUACUGAUGACACAAGCUCGAUAGACGCACAGUUUGGUUUUCUCCGUUAGCUUGGUGUUUUGCCAGACCCGUUUAUUUAGUUUAGCCAUUGUGGCAGCUGCCUUGCCGAUUCUGCUGUUAAUUUCUUCUUCAAUGGACAGUGUAUUGGAGACCUUGGACCCCAAGUAGGUGAAGCUGUCCACAACCUCCAAGUUUUCAUUAUCGAUUUUUAUGUUAGGUGGAGGUCGAGUGUCUUGGGCCAUGAUGUUUGUCUUUUUCAAGCUGAUUUGCAGACCAAAUUCUUUGCAGGCAUUGGAGAAGCUUGACACGAGUUGUUGCAAACCAAUUUCUGUGCGUACUGUUAGAGCCGCAUCAUCCGCAAAUAGUAGCUCGCGAAUUAGGACAUCUGUCGUUUUGGUCUUGGCUUGGAGGCGGGCAGUGUUGAAAAGUCCUCCAUCAGCUCUGGUGUGUAACCAGAUUCCCUCACUGCUAUCCUUGAAUGCGUAUCGAAGUAGUACAGAGAAGAAUAUUGCGAACAGUGUUGGUGCGAGUACACAACCUUGUUUAACUCCGCUGCUGACUGGAAAGGCUUCUGACUUGGCUCCAUCGAACUGCACUGUACCCUGCAUAUUUUCAUGGAACUCUCUGAUGAUGGCAAGUAGGUGAGGGGGGCAGCCGAUUUUUGCCAGUAUUUUGAAUAGCCCGUUGCGACUGACGUAAUCAAAGGCUUUUGUAAGGUCCACAAAGGCAAUGUACAGUGGCAUCUGCUGCUCUCUGCAUUUUUCCUAGAGCUGUCGUACGGAGAACACAAUGUCUAUGGUAGACCGUCCAGACCGGAAAUCGCACUGAGAUUCUGGAUAGACACGGGAUGCUAGACUCUGUAAACGUGUUAGUAUGACACGGGCAAAGGCCUUUCCUACAAUACUAAGGAGUGAAAUGCCGCGAUAAUUAUUGCAAUCACUCCUAUCACCUUUGUUUUUAUAUAGUGUCACUAUAUUUGCAUCCUUUAGGUCUUGGGGGAUGUAGCCCUGUUCCCAGCAGAGGGACAGAAUCUCGUGCAAUGGUUGGAGUAAAGCUAUCUUACCACUCUUUAGUGCCUCUGGUGGUAUUCCAUCAUCCCCAGGCGCUUUUCCACACGCUAGACUAUCAAUAGCUUUGCUCAGCUCUUCCUGUGAGGGCACGACAUCAAGUUCUUCCAUGAGUGGCAUAUCUGGUAUGUCGUCUAGAGCGGUGCUGGAGACUGUGGUAACUGUUGAAUACAAUGCCAGAUAAUGCUCAACCAACCGUUUUAGCUGUGCUGCCCGGUCUUGGAUAAUUUCUCCAUUUUUGGACUUUAGAGGAGCAACUUUGGACGUCAUGGGGCCAGUUGCCUUUUUGAUGUUUUCGUACAUUGCUUUUGCAUCGCCCAUAUCUGCAGCUGACUGUAUGCUGGAACAGAGGUUAAGCCAGUAGGUAUUUGCACAAUUACGUGCAACCUUUUGGGCAAGUGACUUGGCUGUUUUUAAGGCAUGCAACCUGUCGGGUGUGGGCUUUUCCUUGUAAGCCGUAAGAGCUUUCCUUUUGACUUUAGUGACAGGUUUCAUCUCGUCCCAAUGUUCAUCAAACCAUUCCGAGUUUUUGUGAGAUUUUUUGCCAAAGGCCUGUAUUGCGGAUGUAUAGAUUGUGUCUCUGAGAUGCGUCCAUUUCAAUUCAAUGGUGACGCAUGGGGACAUCCUUGAGAUACCUUCCUUCACCUUGUCUGUGAACAGCUGCGUUAGCGCAGGGUCUUUCAUGCAGAAGGUAUUGAUAAGUGGACAUCCCUUUUUCUUGGAGUGGUACGAGUUUUUCCUCAUUAUUCGUACGUUGCUGGCGACAAGGGAGUGAUCCGUGUCACAUUCGGCACUGUGAUAGCUGCUAGCUAGUUGUGCACGCCUGGUGAUGAUGAGGUCCAGCUGGUGCCAUUGGCGGGAUCGAGGGUGUCUCCAAGAUACUUGAUGUAUAUCCUUGCACUUGAAGUAAGUGUUGGUCACACACAAGCCUCGUGAGCAGCACAAUUCCAGAAGCCUCUGUCCAUUUUCAUUUAUCUUUCCUCUUCCAAAGAGUCCAAGGCAUGUGGGCCAGGCUUCGUGGUCGCUCCCCACUCUAGCAUUGAAAUCUCCCAGGAGGUAGAUUGCCUCGUCUUUGUGGAUGCUGGCUAUUGCCUGGUCUAAAGCUCCAUAGAACUGGUCCUUCUCUUCCGGAGUUGAACAGAGAGUUGGGGCAUAUACACUAAGAAUGGUUGCUGGGCCCGCAGCUGUUCUGAGUCUUAGAGUGAGGAUCCUCUCCGUGCCUGAUGACGGGGGAUCAAUGAAUUGUGUAAGAGUGUUCUUAACAGCGAAACCUACACCAUGCUGUCUAGGUUCGUGAUAUCAAUAUUCCAUUAUUCUAACUUUAUUAUUUCCAUUAUAUGAAAGUAUUUUUUUUCAAAUCCAUUUAUGCCUAUUUAUUUUCUUUCAUCUACUCUUCUAUAUUUCAACUUGACCUACGUUAUUUGACAAUAUUUUCACAGAAUUUUAAGUAACCAAAAGUUGUAUCGAUUUGACUAUUCAAAACUGUAUGAUUAAACAUAUUCUGGACAGUAAGCAACACCAUAUGUUAGUAGGCAUGCAUCUCUCUGCUAACUCUGACGAAGAUCUGUAGCCCUAACCCAAACGGCAAAACACAGAUAUUUCCGAAAACUUUAAAGAAAAAAAAAAAAUUUUUAACAAAAAUAUAUCCAUCCCUAAACCACCCCUCAUUCUGCCAUUGCAGAGAAAAUAGUUUAAUUCGCAUUAUACAAGACAACAUGCGGGAAAAAAAAAACAAUUAAGUCAGACCCCCUCAAAGCCAUGUAACUGCCUACAUACUGGCUCGAAUGUGCCACCUGCACCAUUCGAUCUGUGCGGAUUUAUGAAAAUAUUUUUUUUAAGAUUUAAAUUACACCGAAUUAUUAUUAUCCUGAACUUCGAACACAACGCAUAUGAAAAUUCUUGAUUGUACCGACGCUGUAGACGCAGACAUGUGGAUCGGUGCUGACGACCUUGAAAACGAGGGAACCUGGGUGUGGGUUUAUGACCGUGAAGUCGCCACAGAGCUGGCGGAUCUUUGGAUGACCGGCGGACUUGAACCAAGCAACUGCAUGGACGAAGACUGUGCAAAGAUCAGCUACGCUAGAGCACCCUCGUCCACGUCCAUCGUAGCGGGGAUUGAAGAUGAAGACUGUCGUGUCCUGUACCCUUUUAUUUGUAUGGAGCGAGGUAUUUCAUUUCUGUACCAUUUUACUUCUGUUUAAUGGUUUAAAUGGUGAAUGUUAAUGUAAAAUCAGCCACGACAAUUUUGGUUCUCCUACCAGUAUAGGCAAUUUUUAUUUGGAAAUGAAUGUUUGCGAUUUAUGAACCAAAUCAACCACUUAUCUAUGUUAUCAUUUGAUAGUUUUAUUAAUCUGAGAGAGCACGUUGCAAUAAUGAAAUCAAACACCAAAACAUUCCAAUGUGAAUAAAACUGUUCUAAAAUAUGAAACACACACAUGUUGCUAGGCUUAAUAGAGUUGGAAAAUGAAACGAUUCCAUAUUGUAAACAAAUGGGACGACAAAACUCAGGAUAACGUAACGGAUCACAUAAAAGUUCCUCAUGCUAAGUGGAAAAUAUUUCUUUUACAGGUUGUAUGGCUCUUAACGUUGUAUGGCUCUUAGCGCUGUAUGGCUCUAAAAAUGUAUGGCUUUACGCGUUGUCUGCCCAUCAAAGUGUUACGGCUAUUAACGAUGGAAUUAGCGUUAGCGUUGUAUGACUCUUAACAUUGCAUGGCUUUUAACAUUGUACGACACUUCACGCUGUAUGGCUAACGUUGUAUGGCUCUUAGCGUUGUAUGACUCUCAGCGUCAUAUUGCUCUUAACAUUGUAUGGCUCUUAAAGUCGUAUGGCUCUUAACGAUGUAUGAUUUUUAGAGUUGCGUGGUUCUUAACGUUGAAUGGCUCUUAACCCUGUUUGUUUCUUAACGUGCUUGGCUGUUAAAAUUGUAUGGUUCUCAAAAUUGUAGGGCUCCUCACACUGUAUGGCUUUUUACGUUGAAUAGCUCUUAAUAAUUGCAUUGCUUUUAACAUUGUGUGGCUCUUAAAGUUGCAUGACUCUUAACUUUGAUUGGUUGUUAAAGUUGCAUGUUUCUUAACAUUCUAUUGCCCUUAAAUUUGUAUUGCUCUUUGCAUUGUAAGGCUCUUAACGUCGGAGGGCUGUUAAAGUUGUAUGGCUCUUAACGCUGCCUGGCUCUUAACGUUAAAUGGUUCUUAAAGUUUUAUAGCUUUUUACAUUUUAUAACUCUUAACAUUGUAUGGCACUUAAAGUUCUAUGGCUCUUAACAUUGUAUGGCUCUUAAAGUUCUAUGGCUCUUAACAUUGUACGGCUCUUAAAGUUCUAUGGCUCUUAACAUUGUAUGGCUCUUAAAGUUCUAUGGCUCUUAACAUUGUAUGGCUCUUAAAGUUCUAUGGCUCUUAACAUUGUAUGGCUCUUAAAGUUCUAUGGCUCUCAACAUUGUAUGGCUCUUAAAGUUCUAUGGCUCUUAACAUUGAAUAGUCAUUUUAAUAGUAUGGCUGUUAGCAUUGUAUGGCUUCAACGUUGCAUGACGAAAUUACUAGAUGUAUCACUAGUAAAAGAGAGAGAUGAUCUUUGAUCAAGCUCUAAAAGAAGUAGCGAAACGGUUUAGCAAGAUGCCAAUCGAAUGAAACUUAAACACUUGUUCUCAUCUGUUUGACAGAACCGAUCACAACUCCAGAUCCGACCACUGCAACUACCACUGGUGUGGUGGUAACGUCCACUUCAACUGGCAGAGUUCCGAUAGCUACUUGCGGGGCAAAUUUCAUUGACACCAGUGCUCUAUUAGUUCUGUGUGUGCGUUUAGUCGUCUAUUUAUUUGACUGUAAUAUGAUUGUUUUGUAAUUGAAUCAUUUAUAUGAUUUACAGGAACUAUUUUUGCUUGACAUGAAUUUUAUCAACACUUUUUUAGUUCUCAUUAAAGCGUUCGAGGGUUUUUUGUUUUUUUUUUGAAAAUAUGUUAUACAGGGACUCACUUUUUUUUGUUUUCGCC